AUGUCCUUCCGGAUCUCGUUCUCCGACCUCUUUUAUUUUACUCGUAAUGCGAGAAAAGCGCCUCUCAUCCCAGAGGGUUUCGUCCUCGAAACACCUCCAGAGCGCAAAGCUGCGGAAAUACAGCUCAAGCCAGAGCCUCCAACAUUCCCCUCAAUACUUCCCACCACUUCCCAAUCACCAGAACCUUCGCCCGCAUCUUCCGUCCUGGAGAUAUCCCUGGCGCCUGUUAUUUCCACAGAAAAUAAUAGCACGGAAACCCUCGUCAACGUUGUUUCAAAAGCCGGGUUUCCACCCCCCAUUCUGCAACUCUACCCACCUGCUAAUAAGGCUGGGCAUACGCGACGCAUAUCGUUCGCGGAUUGUGUCAUGCCCUCGCGUCCUGCGGAGCCUCUCGAUGUCGUCGACGUUGGGGGCCGUCAGGUCCCCUCCAAGCCCUCCGCAGCCGCAGCGGAAACACCUGAGCAAGCAAAACCUUUCAUAGGGGACGUUCCUAAUGUGGAAAAGACGUCGAAGAGGAAGAGCAUCGUGCGGAGUAUAUCCUUGCUUGCCCGUCGCGCGUCCGGCACAAAGGCACACCGCUUCUCGGUCCCUGCCUUUUCAUCGCUGGUGGAUGUCAUGAAUAAGCGGCCGUAG